AAGUGGGCGCUCAUUUGGAAUGCAUAUCACCAAGGUUCAAUUGGUCAACAGGUUCCAAAAUUUUGUUCCUGGAGCGGAAGGACUUGUUGUAAGAAUUGUGUCAUCAGUGGAGAAAAAGUUAGAAGUGAAACCAUGGUUUCUUGAGAUAUUUCAGGAAGAGAACUAUCCGCUAGAGUUUCCAUAUAAAUCAAAGGCGUGCCCUGUUUUCCAGAGUCCACAAUCAAUCGCAAUUUUUUGGCGGACAAACACAUAAAAUAGUGGACCAACAAUUUAAACAAUUUUUACAUAGCAGCGAGUUCGAAAAUUAGAAAAAUAAGAAAACAAAAAGAGAAAAAACUGGGAGAGGAGUUAGACAAUUAUGAGAAUCUGGAGGAAGAAGCUGGGGAAUGGCAAGACAUCUACGUUCAGUUUGGGGAAUUAGUGCCGCCAGCUUUGACGUGUCAUAAGUUGGGGAAAAGGGUUACCAUGUGGUACUAUACAGUUUUCACAAAGUACCCCUACCACCCCAAGCUCCUCAAACUCUCCCAAAUUCUGAUUGUGGACAUACCUAAAAUUAUUGUAUUUUAAUAAUAUUUGUUAGUUUUAGAUUCUCCACCAGCAAACUCUCUUAAUUGUAUUUACCUAACAUGAGGUAGUAUCAACAUUGUAUCACAGAAACCUUCAAUGUCAAAAUAGGAUGCAGCCACCUAGGAAAAACCUGUUUCAUAAAUGGUUUCUUGGUUCUCAUUCUGAUCUUCGAGCCAAUCCCUCUCCCCGGCCACUUGAUAUAUAUCUUCGACUUUGCAAAAUCUUAAACAUGUUUAAUGUACUUGACUGCAGUCAUUAAAAAUGAUUGUCCUUGUGCUAGUUGAAUUCCCCUAACAACAUAUAGGAAUUAACCUGUAAACAAGUUGCAUCAAUCCAGUAAUACCUAAUUAAAGGAAAAAACUCCAAGCUGUGCAAAUAAAUACGAAAAUAACAUUGCA